AUGAAAAGCAUAUUGGUAUUCAGCUUUGCAGUAAUAAUAUCCACAUUUUUGCCAGCAGUCAUCGCCAUAGACCGACAACUUUACGAUGAACUAGUGAGACAAUUAGCCAACGGGGAAAUUGAGCCGACACCGAACCACGAUAAGGACACGAGAAUUGAAUUUGCUUUCGAUGACGGCCAAGUGAAUUUCAGAUUCAGCAAACACUUCAAGUCCAAUGGCACGGAUUUGACGUUGGCGGUUCAGUUGUUACGACAUGCGUUGAGUGGUGAACAGUAUUUGGAUGCGGUGAUUUUGUAUGACCAUAUUACGAGAGACGGGUACACGGGCAAUUAUGUCUCUGGUACUGAAAAUGCCGAGCUUGCGGUUUCGGUGAAGCAGAUGGGGCUCGAUUUGGCCCAGCACCUUCACAGUUCUUCCAAUCCCGAUAUCAGACGUGUGUUUGAACAGAUUGCCGAGGCGGAUGGUGCAACUGGCGGUGCUGGUGACAGUGACAAAAAUGGUUUCAAGGAAGAUAUUCCCAAGGCGGAUACUCCUGCAACUACAGUUGUUCCGGCUGCAGCUGUUCCGGCUGUAAAAUCUUCAUCUUCGGCAAAUACCCUGGCUGCAAAAUCUUCAUCUUCGGCAAAUACCCUGGCUGCAAAAUCUUCAUCUUCGACAAAUACCCUGGCUGAAAAAUCUUCUUCUUCGAUAAAUACCCUGGCUGAAAAAUCUUCUUCUUCUGUGGUAAAACGUCCGGCUACAAGCUCGGCCACAGCUCCUCCUCCCGGUGUUUUAGUGUUGGGCAACCCCGGGCGACAUAUCUUGACUUGGUUUAGAUACGGGAUUUAA